GUUGAAUGUGGAAAGGAUUGGAUGCGGACGACUGCGCUUUAUAACUUUAAACUUGUUCAUUUUUUCCCCAGAAUCUGGACUAUGGCGCUAUUUUAUGACCAGUCGUUUGAUUUAGGCCUAGUUCAGAAAAUUAACAUGGAGACAGAAAGUGAUUUUAUUUUCAACACAAAUAUGCUUCAGUUUACAGAUGUGACAACCAAGCACAUGCUGUCCUCUCCUGAACUUGACAGAACAGGCCACGUUGAGGGUCAGAGAAAAAGAAAGAGAACGAUUUUCAGCCGAGCUCAGUUGUCAGAACUGGAGCGCGCAUUCAUGAUCACACCGUAUCCAGACAUCACACUGCGAGAAAGACUAGCCGCGCUCACGCUGCUUCCAGAGAGCAAGAUUCAGGUAUGGUUCCAAAACAGACGAGCUCGCAGUAUGAAAAGCAAGAAACUGAUUACACCAGUCAGCAGGAGGAGUCCAGCCAAAGACUGUACUUUUCCAGCAACCCAUCCUGAUUUAAACCUCGAACAAAGCCCAGAGGCCAACAAAAGCUUGCGUCAUCAUCAGCAAAGCCUUAUUAGACAGGCUCUGAAUCCCUGGCCACAAAAUCGUCCGCCCAUUUCUCCAGACCUACCAGAAAUCCUGCAAUGGGCAAACAGAAACUCUGAAACACCCGGAGAUUCGUCUUUCUCCAGCUGCCCAUCGGAAAGGAUCCAACAUCCGUUUCCGAACCAGUCCAGCAGUGUUUGGCAGAUGAACUGCUUUGCCGCUCACCCUGAAGGCUUGAAGUCUUACUGUACUACUAGUCAGGCUUUGUAUUCCUCCGUGUCUGUGGAUCAAAUGAUUCCUGCACAUCCAAGCAGUUUGGAGGAAGCUCUGCAAAGACAGGCUUUGACACAUUAUCCACAGACAUCACUGGGAGAUAUUUCUGACCUCAUAUAUAAAGCAGCUGUGGUCACUAAUCUGGAAGAGUGCUAAACACUGGAGACUCUUUUGUAAAAUAUGUUUUCUUUCUAGAACUGACUUAAAUCUGUAGUUGUAGUUGUAACAUAGUCAUUGAUUUACACUCAAAACAACAUAGGAUAUUUAGAAGAAAGCUGAAAACCUGUAACCACUGACUUCCAUAGGAUUUGUUUUUCCUACUAUGGAACUCAAUGGUUACAUGUUUUCAGCUUUUUUCAUAAUUUACUCUCCCUUUACUUGUUUCAAACCUGUUUGAGUUUCUUUCUUCUUUUAAACACAAGAUAAGAUGUUUAGAAAGAAAUCUGAAAACCGGUAACCAUUGAGUUCCAUAGUAGGAAAAACAAAUACUACGGAAGUCAAUGGUUACCAGUUUUCAGCUUUCUUCUAACUAUCUUAUGUUGUGUUCAACAGAAUACAGAAACUCAUAAAGGUUUGAAACCACACGAGGGAGACUAAAUGCACCCAGCAUUUUCAUUUUGGGGUGAAAAAAAUGUGUCUUUAAGGGAGAUUUCACACCAAAACAAACAUUCUGUCAUAAUUUACUCUCCCUUUACUUGUUUCAAAGCUGUUUGAGUUUCUUUCCUCUGUUAAACACAACAUAAGAUGUUUAGAAAGAAAUCUGAAAACCUGUAACCAUUGACUUCCAUAGUUUGAAGAACAAAUACUACAGAAGUCAAUGGUUACAGGUUUUCAGCUUUCUUCUAACUUAUGCUGUUCAACAAAUGUCUCUUUAAAGGGAGAUUUCACCCCAAAACGAAAAUUCUGUCAUAAUUUACUCUCCCUUGUUUCAAAACUGUUUGAGUUUCUUUCCUCUGUUAAACACAACAUAAGAUAUUUAAAAGAAAUCUGGAAACCUGUAACCAUUGACUUCCAUAGUAUUUGUUUUUUCUACUAUGGAAGUCAAUCGUUACUUGUUUUUUUAGCAUUCUUUACAUGAUCGUAUUUUGUUUUCAAUUGAAAAAAAGAAACUCAUGAAGGUUUAGAAGCACAUGAGGGAGACUGAAUAGUAAGGAAAUUUUAAUUUUGGGGUGAAAAUGUCUCUUUAAAGGGAGAUUUCACACCACAAUAAAAAUUCUGUCAUAAUUUAAUCUCCCUUUACUUGUUUCAGACCUGUUUGAGUUUCUUUCUUCUGUUGAACGCAACAUAGUUAGGAGAAAUCUGAAAACCUGUAACCAUUGAUUUCCACAGUGUUUGUUUUUCUUACUAUGAAAGUCAAUGGUUACCGGUUUUCAGAUUUCUUUCUAAAUAGCUUAUGUCAUGUUCAACCGAAAAAGGAAACUCAAACAGGUUUAAAACAUGUAAAGGGAGUAUAAAUUAUGACAGAAGUUUCAUUUCAAAAUGAAAACUGACUCACUAUUUAUUUAUUAUUCUGUUGAACACAGACAAAAAGGUUUGAAACCACAUGAGAGAGUAAAUAAUAAGUCAAUUUUCAUUUUAGGGUGAAAAUGUCUCUUUAAGAGGAGAUUUCACAUCAAAACGAAAAUUCUGUCAUAAUUAAUACUCCAUUUACUUGUUUCAAACCGGUUUGAGUAUCGACACAGCAUAAGAAAUUUAGAAGAAAUCUGGAGACCUGUAACUAUUGACUUCCAUAGAGUUUGUUUUUCUUACUAUGGAAGUCAAUGGUUACUGGUUUUCAGCUUUCUUCUAACUAUCUUAUGUUGUAUUCGAAUAAAGAAUCUCAUGAAGGUUUGAAACCACAUGACGGAGACUAAACAGUGAGUAAAAUUUCAUUUUGGGGUGAAAAAAAAGUGUCUUUAAAGGAGAUUUCACAACAACAACAAAAUCUGUCAUAAAUUACACUCCCUUAAUAAACCUUUUUGAGUUUAAACACAGGAUAAGAUAUUUAGAGGAAAUCUGAAAACCUGUAACCAUUGACUUUUAUAGUAUUUGUUGUUCCUACAGAAGUCAAUAGUUACAGGUUUUCAGCUUUAAAAUAUGCUGAGUUGAAACUCUAACAAAAAUGCAAUUUAAAUGGAAUAAAUAAACUAAAUCAAAUAAUAAGUAGAUAGUGAGUACAUUUUCAUUUUUAAUUGUCCAAGAAUGUCUUUUUAAAGGGACAUUUCACCCCAAAAUGAUUUUUUUAGGUGGUUCUAAACCUUUAUGAAUCUCUUUCGUCUGUUGAACACAAAAGAAGCUAUUUUGAGGAAUGUUGAACAUCCAUAGCAAGAACAAAAAUACUAUAAAAGUCAGUGGCUGUUUAUUUUCACAACAUUCUUCAGCAUAUCUUCCCUCGAGUCCAACAGAUAUUCAAACAAUAAAUGAGGACAGAAUUGUCAUGUUUGGGUGAACUAUCCCUUUAAUAUCAGCCAACUUUACCAACAUACAGUAGCUAGUUAGUAUGUAGUUUACUAAUGGGACACGUUUUGUCCCAUUUUUUAUUUUACUAUUCUGUUAACUGCAAAUGUACAAACGUAGUUUUAGUAUCUUCCAACAUAUAUUUAGGGAUGAUUGUUGAUAUUAUUGUGAAACAGUUUGCUGACAGCACUCUUAAAAGGCCUGACAAUUUAGUAAAUUCCCUGUCAUUUAUUAUUUUUUACAUUCAUUCAUUUUCCUUCAGCUUAGUCCCUUAUUUAUCAGGGGUUGCCACAGCGGAAUGAAUCGGCAACUAUUCCAGCAUAUGUUUUACACAGCGGAUGCCCAGCUGCAACCCUGUGGAUAUUUAUUUUAAAAUUACAUGUUUUUUAGUAUGUUUCCUCUUUAUUCUCUUUUCUCAGGAUGUUCGUACGCUGUGUAUUGAUUUCUGUGUAAAUAAAUCUCUUGUUUAUUUAUUUAUUAACAUUCACCUUUAACAAAUUAAAGGUAUCUUUGUCAUACAAACAUGUUUAUGUGUGGUGUUGUGCUCAAAGCUGCAGCAAAAUAAUAGUUUCCCCUCAACAAUCUUCAGUAUAUCUUCCGUUGAGUCCAUCAGAUACUCAAACAAUAAAUGAGGACAGAAUUGUCAUGUUUGGGUGAACUAUCCCUUUAAUAUCAGCCAACUUUACCUGCAUACAGUAGCUAGUUAGUAUGUAGUUUACUAAUGGGACAAGGUUCCUCCAAUUUUUUUUUUUUAGUAUUCUGUUAACUCCUAAUGCAAAAACGUAGUUUUAGUAUCUUCCAACAUAUAUUUAGGGAUGAUUAUUAUAUAUAAUAUUAUAAUAACUAUAAUAUUAUUGUGAAACAGUUUGCCGACAGAACUCUUAAGGCCUGACAAUUUUGCAAAUUCCCUGUCAUUUAUUAUUUUUUACAUUCAUUCAUUUUCCUUCAUUUUAGUCCCUUAUUCAUCAGGGGUUGCCACAGCGGAAUGAACCGACAACUAUUCUGGCAUAUGUUUUACAGCGGAUGACUUUCCAGCUUCAACCCUGGGGAUAUUUAUUAAAAUAUUUACAUUUUUAUUCUCUUUCCUCAGGAUGUUCGUACGCUGUGUAUUGAUUUCUGUGUAAAUAAAUCUCUUGUUUAUUAAUUUAUUACCAUUCACCUUUAACAAAUGAAAGUAUCUUUGUCAUACAAACAUGUUUAUGUGUGGUGUUGUGCUCAAAGCUGCAGCAAAAUAACAUUUCUUUGUUUUGCUAAAUAAAUUUUUUUACAUUGUUGUAAAC